CAUCGUUUUCUAACUCACCUGAGCAGCACUCUCUUCCCUCUGCCGACUCACUUGCUCAUUGCUCGCUGACUAGCUCACACUCUCGGCUUUCUCCACACCAUGACCACCUGCAGCCGCCAGUUCACCUCCUCCAGCUCCAUGAAGGGCUCCUGUGGCAUCGGUGGCGGCUCUAGCCGCAUCUCCUCUGUCCUGGCUGGAGGAUCCUGCCGGGCUCCCAGCACCUAUGGGGGCCUGUCAGUCAGCUCCUCUCGCUUCUCCUCUGGGGGAGCCUGUGGGAUUGGGAGCAGCUACGGAGGGGGCUUCAGCAGCAGCAGUUUUGGUGGAGGAUAUGGUGCUGGCCUUGGUGGUGGCUUUGGCGGUGGCUUUGGUGGUGGCUUUGGUGGUGGAGAUGGACUCCUGGUGGGCAGUGAGAAAGUCACCAUGCAGAACCUCAAUGACCGUCUGGCCAGCUACCUGGACAAGGUGCGCGCCCUGGAGGAGGCCAACACUGACCUGGAGGUGAAGAUCCGCGACUGGUACCAGAGGCAGCGGCCCGCUGAGAUCAAAGACUACAGCCCCUACUUCAAGACCAUCGAGGACCUGAAGAGCAAGAUCCUUGCAGCCACUGUGGACAAUGCCAAUGUCCUCCUGCAGAUUGACAAUGCCCGGCUGGCUGCUGAUGAUUUCCGUACCAAGUAUGAGACAGAGCUGAACCUGCGCAUGAGCGUGGAGGCCGACAUCAAUGGCCUGCGCCGCGUGCUGGAUGAGCUGACCCUGGCCAGAGCCGACCUGGAGAUGCAGAUCGAGAGUCUCAAGGAGGAGCUGGCCUACCUGAAGAAGAACCAUGAGGAGGAGAUGGCCUCCAUGAAAGGCCAGGUGGGCGGGGAUGUCAACGUGGAGAUGGACGCAGCCCCGGGUGUGGACCUGAGCCGCAUCCUGAAUGAGAUGCGAGACCAGUAUGAGAAGAUGGCCGAGAAGAACCGCAAGGAUGCCGAGGAAUGGUUCUUCACCAAGACCGAGGAGCUGAACCGCGAGGUGGCCACCAACAGCGAGCUGGUGCAGAGUGGCAAGAGCGAGAUCUCUGAGCUCCGGCGCACCAUGCAGAACCUGGAGAUCGAGCUGCAGUCCCAGCUCAGCAUGAAAGCAUCCCUGGAGAAUAACCUGGAGGAGACCAAAGGCCGCUAUUGCAUGCAGCUGUCCCAGAUCCAGGAAAUGAUCGGCGGCGUGGAGGAGCAGCUGGCUCAGCUGCGCUGCGAGAUGGAGCAGCAGAAUCAGGAGUACAAGAUCCUGCUGGACGUGAAGACUCGCCUGGAGCAGGAGAUCGCCACUUACCGCCGUCUGCUGGAGGGAGAGGAUGCCCACCUCUCAUCCACCCAGUUCUCCUCAUCCUCCCAGUUCUCUUCUGGUUCUCAGUCUUCCAGAGAUGUGACCUCCACCAACCGCCAGAUCCGCACCAAGGUCAUGGAUGUGCACGAUGGCAAGGUGGUCUCCACCCACGAACAGGUCCUGCGCACCAAGAACUAAGGCGUCUGGGCACUGCUCAGGCUUAGGAGGCCCCUGUGAGGACACAGAUACUGCUGAAAGAGGCCCUCUACUGUCCUACACUCUUCACCCUUUACUUGACCCUAACCCUUCUGGCAGUCAAUAAAGUUUCUUUUUUCUGAGUUGCACAA